CUUUGUAAGGUUAAGGGUAACGUUAGAUGCACAUCCGCAAAUCUUUGUGUGCCGCCAACAACAGCACAAAGCCACACCAUGGACACCACCAAAGUGAUGGAUGAAGCAAAGCUUAGCAAAAAAGAGCGCAAGAAGUUGGCGAAGAAGGAACGCAAGGAACGAAAGAAGAGAAAGAGAGAAGCAGAUGUCGAAGCUGUGAAGGAAGCGAAUACCUCUGACGACAGCGUCAAAUCUCAGUCCGUCAAAGACGAUCCAACAUCAUUGUCUUGUAGUGGUGGAACAGUGGAGUCAAAACUUAUGCCAACAAUACAGAACCACCAAAAAUCCAAAGAGUCACCAGCAGAACCACCCCUUAAGCAAACCAAUGAAAAGGGGCGCCAUCCAUUUCAAGUCGAUGAAGCAGAUCAUUGUGAAACUCCCUUUCGAGCCUAUCAAGAUAUCAUUGAUGUAUUGGAUCAAAUUGCCAAAGCAUGCGGAAAAGACAGAAAAAGCUUGAAGAUUUUCGACCCGUACUACUGUGACGGAGGAAUCAAGAAAAAGCUGGAGAGCCUCGGUUUCCACAAUGUCAUUAAUGACAACAGGGAUUUUUACGACGAUAUUGCCAACGACCAAGUGCCUCCCCAUGAUGUACUCAUCACCAAUCCACCGUAUUCUGGACACCACAUGGAAUCUCUCUUGAAGUUUGUGACCAACAAUUACUACCACAAACACCACCACAACGACAAAGAUAAUCCUUCCAAAAAGAGGAAAAAGAACAGAGAACAACCACCCAAGCAGGCGUUGGUUCCCUUCCUCUUGCUGCUACCUCACUAUGUCUACACAAAGCCAUUCUUCCAAGAGUACUUUGAUUCCAAUGCCCGAGGAAGAGAGGGACACAGGGAAUCCGACAGCAAUCCCAACCGAGAACUCUUUUACCUAGUCCCCAAGAACAGUUACCGAUACUCCUACGAACCUCCUUCAUGGGUCAGUGCCGACAAGGGAAGCACGGCUCUAUCCCGUGGAAAGACACAAACAGCUCCCUUUCCGUCUUUUUGGUAUUGUCAUGUACCCAGUCUCAUGAUGAUGAAUAUGAUGUUGGAGCCUAGUAGCAAAACACAAUCCUCAUCUUGGUUGGUGCAAACCUUUGGACCGUCUGGAUCACAUCAUUCGAGUAGUAAUAGCUCCAACAACAAUCACCAACGGUUGCACUAUGCCAACUGUACGGCACAUCUCCCACGUGAGUUCAAGGGAGAAUUUGAUGUCACUAACAAACGACCCAAUCCUCGAGCACGCAAACGAGCGGCCAAGAAAAAGACUCUGAAUGGCAACAAUAACCAGGAGCAAUCGUCACAACAAUUCACAAAACCAAACCAGAAUUCCAAAGGACGCCACAAACGGACACCCACAGGACAAGCUAAUAGCGGCGGGAAACCAAAGAAGAAACGCUACUGAGGAGAUGCAACAAUAAGAUGGGAUAUGGACAAUGUUUCAAACCAUCAAUGUUUCAAACCACCAAGUGAGCGAGGACGCCCCUAGAUCCAGUGGGCUUGCAAGACCAUCGAUCCACUCUAAUAGCGGCGGGAACAAACCAAAGAAGAAACGCUACUGAGGAGAUGCGACAAUAAGAUGGGAUACUGUAUUGGAAAAUGCUUCAAACCACCAAGUGAGCGAGGAAACCCCUAGAUCCAGUCGGCUUGCAAGACCUUCCAUCCACUCCUGGACUAGCUACGAUGUAGGCAUGAAAGGUUUGAUUCGCAGAAUGCGCAAGGGGUAAUGACAGCUGUAGCUGGCGAGCUCACUAACUUGGUGACAGUCCGUUGAUUUGCACAGCAGAUUGCACCGCGACCGUGAACCAGGUCCUACAAUGUGGCCGCCAAGCAAGUGAUGUCUUGCAUGAUUGAAUUCAAUCAUUCAAUCAUAUCAGUUGUGCCAAAUGACUCGACUCUAAAAUGAUCGGUUGGGAUUGGAUUCGAUAACUUGUGGCGAAGAUGCUGGUUUGUCUGGACUGGACUGCCUAUUUUGACGAUAAAAUAAAGAGGGCAUCGGCACCAAUCGUAGAGCAACGUUCGAGGGCAAUCCCCCAAUCCAACAGUCAACCAACAAAUAUGUAAAUGAGAUCCCAGUUCAUCUUGCCAGAUAUCUAGAGCCGACCUGCAUCUUCGCUUUCACCCGCGAUACAUCCAGUACCAAUGACUCUGCCCGCAAUAAAUCCCGAAGGCUUUUAUCUCCUGGAAACAGCUACCGGUCAUUGUUGCUAACCAGUGUCUAUCCUUACACCCGCUUUACAGUUGUGUCUACCGGUAUCUCUGAGGCUUGUAUCUUUGUUGUUGCUUAGCGAGUGAUAUUACACGGUAAAAUUGGAGCAACAUUGGUCUCAGAAGCCUUUCCUUCGUCUUGAUAGCAUUAAGCAGUUUGACUGGCUUGAUGACCAGGUUUUUCACAAGAUACCC